AUGAUUAAAAGAGUGUAUGAGUGCGUCAGCUUUAAUGAGUACAAUGUUUAUAUAGAAUUCUUUCUCUGUCACAAUAUCAAUUACAAUAGUGACAAAAAAAACUUGAAAGAUAUUGUGGUAACAUAUGGGGAGAAAUGCGAGGAGUUGCUUAACAUUUUUCGAGAAUCGGUGCAUUACUUCCCCAAAAGCUGCAAGACUCAUUAUAUUGUGUUUAAACAAGCUAUAUUACUCAAUCCCUUCAUACAAAUUUUAACACAUUUUUUCAACUCAAUAGAAUGCAAAGUGCUAGUUCAUUAUAUGUGCUUUGUAAUAUCUGAUAAAUUAUCUCCAAUGAAUAUAAUAAGUAUUUUGACUUUAUGGAUUACGAGAAGCGCUUGUUCUCUGAGAGUUUCAUAG